UAAAUUCAGAUGUAAGCCCUCAACAACAGAAAUAAAAUAAUACUUUUCGGAUCACAAAAACUAAAAAAAAAAAUAAUGUCCGCCGUUGAAGAAAAGCGUGUGCCCAAGGAUUGCGCUAUAUCAUGCAGCGUAAAAAAAUCCGAACAGAACAACGGAAAGCGCAGCUUUAUAGUCACGGUGGACGACAAUGGCAAGGUCGAGGUCAGCUCCAGUGGCCAGUGCGAGCCGCCGGAAGGCAGUCAGCCGCAAGUCAAGGAGCAGUCCAGCCGAAGGAUACGAAAUGCAACCCGAAAGUCGUCGCGGGGCGGCAAACAGCGCCUGCGGAUAGCGGUGCUCGAGGAGAACGCCGGCAGCUCCGACGGAGAGUUGGCCAACGGUGAGGAGAAGAGCAGCAGCAGCAACAACAACGAUAUGAUCAGCAUUGAUGCACAGUCCCUGGAGACGAUGCACGAUCGAUUUGUGAAAAUCUACAAUAAGAAUCUGCGCGGCAAGCCCAGCUUUGUGGUGCUCGAGGAUGCGCUGGUGCGCAAGCGUGUGGAGCAGACGCUGCAGGGCCGCGCCAUCUGCCACAAUCAUGCCGAGCAGCAGACAUCCCCCAGCGACAUAGGCGCCCAUACGGGCUCCCAGACCGAUGAGUUUCUGCUGCAGUGCGCGAUGCGGUCGAGCAUGCUCAAGGGCCAAAGCCGUGGCUGCCAGGCGACAGAUGUCACGGCCAAAUCGCCCGAGUGUGGAGCCUGCGCGGCCAAGCGGAGCAGCAUGACGGCGCCACCGCUGCGCCGGCUUAGCCAGAUGUGUGCUCUGCAACUGGACAAGAUGAUGCGAGCAGAAACAGUGGCUGCCAAGACUGCAAGCACAGCCCGUGCCAAGCCCAACACUGCGCCACAUGUGACCAUCAGUUUUGUGCCAGCAGCAACACAGACGGCCACCACGGUCAAUGCACAGCCACAGCAGCAACCAUUGCUGUUAGCAGCAGCAGCAGCAGCAGCAGCAACAGCAGCAACAACAACAUUGCCGCGCAGCAACUGCGCGAAUUGCUGCGCGCACAUCCAACCGGCUGUUGGCCAGCCAAUGCCAACGGCGCCUCACUGCCAAUGCUGCCAGCAUGCAGCUGACAGCAACUAUGCCUGCUGCUUGAGGCAGCAGCAACAGCAACAACUUCUGCUACAGCAACAGCAGCAGCAGCAGAUGCAGAUGCUGCAACAGCAUCAUUUUGCACAUGCACAGCAGCAACAUCCAGUUGCAGGACCAACUUAUGCUCAUUGCUGCAGCAGUUGCUGCCUGUUGAGGCCAACAAUGGCACAAACAACGCUCGGAUUUGGCCAUGCACCGGCUAUGCCAAGCCAUUGCAGUCAUCCAUUGCUGCUGCCGCCGCCGCAGCCACACGAGUAUCCCAUGAGAGGCUGGCCACCGCAGCCCAUCAAUUCCUGCCUCUGUUAUCCGAUGCCCGCGGUCAGCAUGUCCGCCUACGACAUCCCACACUGCGCCAGCUGCCACAUGCAGCGCCAUUCGUGCACCGCCUGCUACAAUGACUACCAGCAGCAGCAGCACAUGCACCACCUAAAGAAGCAGCAAAAACAAUUUGUCUGCCUCGGCGGCGGCAACAACUUGAAUGACCCUCGCUCGUCGUCUAGCACACCCGAGCGCAGUUCGACGUCCGAGAUGCAUGUGAGUCGCGGGCGUUCUAGAAAGCACCGGACACAGGAGGCGAGUGUGCUGAGCGAGCACGAAGACUCGGAGCUGCAUACCAGCGCUUCCCAGCUGACUGUCAGACGGGUAAAUGCACUCGGCUCCAACGAGAAGACCGCCAAGAAGAUGCCCUUGCAUCAGCAGCAGCAGCAGCCGCAGCCGUCGUCGCGCAACAGGGCGGGUGCAUCGAUUCCAGCCUCAAAGGUCUACAUGGCGCGCUUUGGACGCACCUGCCUGGUACUGAAGCCCACCACGUCCGCAAUGCCAACACGCCUGCUGACCAAGCGCAUCAGCCGCUACACCUCCGUUAUGGCCUGGCCCCAAAAGAUGGCCAGAAAGUAAAUUACAAAUUACAUUUGCCACAAUAAACCAAACUAGAUCCGAAA